AUGGUGCAAGGAAAUGGGCACCGCUUUAUGAAAUCUGGACAACGUGUAAUCCAAGGAAACAAUUGCUUGCUCUCGUUACAGUGGUCUAUGCAGCUUCCGUCUUCAGACGAACCAGGCGGCCAACAACGCGCUGCGUCCACAAAGAUGGAACAGCACUCCUGCCCAGAGGACACAUCCUCGUACAGGCAGUAUUUGGAAGAUCUGCAGGAUGUCCGGGAGUCCUUCGAGGCCAGGCAGAGCCGCGGCGAUCGCCUCCAUCCCAGGGAACAAGCAUCUCUCAGGGCCCUGCAGCGGGUGGUGGGGAGAGAAGAUCCAGCAAGCUCCCAGUCCCCAUCCGAGCUGGGCACUGACGAUGAUGUGGGCGUUGCCUUGGAGCAUGGUGGCAGGGAUGGGCACGCCAGGGCUCGUGCCGCCAAAUCGCGCCGCAGCAAUCAGCGAUUGGCACACGUGCGGCCAGCAGAGGGGGCGACGGGCUCCAGAAAAUGCAAAGCGGCCAUGAGCAAGCAGGAGAGGAAGAACAAGGACAUUGCCGAGGCGUUCAUCAGUCUGGAAAACAACAGGCUGUCCAACGGUGGGCCCGUGUCCCAGGUCCCCGUGCUGCACUGCAUCCCGCACCUCGGCGGCAGCCACGUCCUGGAGGGCGUUUUUUGGUGCGAGCAGUCCAAAGUGCUGCUGUCCGAUCUGGGCGCUCUUGACCGCAGGAAGGUGCGGUUCUUCUUGGGCGAGGCAUCCUGGUCCCCUGGCCAGCUCGAGGCGGAGCUCAAGAUGGGGAGCUGGAUAAUGGCCAGGGCGCCCGUGGGCACUCUGGACCUCAUGGACCAGGGGUACUGGUCCUCGUUCGAGGGUGCUUCGGUGGAAAGGCAGCACAAGGACCCCUCAUUUCUGUGGGAGAAGCUCAUGAGCGGCUUGGGCGGGGAGUAUGCCAUCAUGGCCAGGAUGCCCCCUUGGGCAGCGGCCUUCGGAAAUGACAUGUGA